AUGCGCGUCUUCAUUCUUGUUGCUCUGCUGGCCCUGGUCGCUGUAGCUACCGCCCAGGGACCCCCCUCUGGUGGUCGCGGUGGGCCGCGCCGUGGUCCGGGGGGACCUGGAGGUCCUGGAGGUCCUGGCGGUCCGUCCAGAGGUCCUGGAGGACCACAUGGUGGUCAUGGAGGUCCACCCGGUCAUGGCCCGAGCGGUAAUUCUACGGAGGCUCCACCCCCAUCCGAUGCUCCACCAUCCGAUGCUCCACCAUCCGAUGAUGCAGCCUCCGAGGCUCCAGACUCCGGAUCUUCCUAG